GUUUCUUUUGUUUACUUUUGCCUGCUAAAAUAUCAAGGCGAACAGAUCUUAUGAUGGCUUCACACCACGUCUUCCUCAUCGUUGGAAAGACAGGCAACGGGAAGAGUAGCCUGGGAAACUGUCUUCUGGGAAAAGAAGAGUUUAAAACUGGUACUGGCAUGUUUUCAACAACAGCAAGAGCUGAAAUGAUAACAAGAUUUAGAGGCAAGCAAAGUAUAACGGUUGUGGACACACCAGACAUUGUUAAUCUGGAUUACAGUCCUGAUGAGAGGGAGAAAGAAGUCCAGGGCUGGAAAACAAUGACAUCACCUGACCACCCAACCAUCCUACUUGCCGUGCGAUGUGACGUGCGCUACACGGCCGAGGAGUUUGCCAUCUACAAAGACUUUAAGCGCCUUUGGGGGGACAACGCCGGCCUCAGGCGCCAUCUGGUUGUGGCCUUUACCUUUGGGGACAGGCAAAACACAGACCUCAAAGAGGAGCUGGAGGACGUGCGUGAGGAACUGAAGAGUGUCUUGAAAGAUGCCAACCACCGCUACGUGCUUUUCAACAAAAAGGUCAGUAGGUCAUUUGAACAUGAUCAGGUGCAUAUCCGGUUGGUGGCGAAGUGAUUAAAGCAUCCUUUACGGUAGAAUUCUACAUCCUAAAGAAGACAAAGAAGAAGAAAGAAGAGGAAAGAAUAAAGAAGUAAGAUGGAAGAAGACGAGCAAAAAUACUUUCUGAAACAGGCGCAAUUUAUCAUCUAGAAAACACAUUGCAAUAUUUGGAAUUAUUUUCGCGUCGUUGGUUGGUCAUGUCAUAUGUUUCCUGACUACUGUAGUGAACGUGUUUUGAAAACCUAACGAAAAAACGUUAAGGACAGCAGUCUUUAUCUGUCACUAAUCACUUGAAACCCUAGUAGCUUCUGUUACUUCAGGCAACCAUGCACCUGUCAGUACUUUUGCAAUAAACCUUGUUGUUCAGGUCACAAAAGAGAUAUGCUCUGUUUUUACUGCCUCUGUUAAACUGUAAACCAACACGAGUCAAAAGAAUUGUCUUACGUAAUAUACUUUCGUGCCUCAUGAUUCACCUUUUAUUCUUCACAACGCGUGCUUUGUUUCUUUUUGUAGCAAGAGUGGAAAUACACCCUAAGUCGUUGCAAAGGAUCUUUAUAAAAUGAGAUGACCCAGGAAACUGUGUAUACAUGCUUCAAAACAUUCUCACGGAGAAAAAAAGUUCCAC